AUGCUGGUAAGUAGAUUCCAGGUUGGAGUUGGAUUAUUCCGUUUGAAUGAAAUUUUGAAACGAUCAAUUUCGAAUGUUAAUAUUACUAGCAAGUAUGAAUAUCCAGAUGAGUUAGGGACUGAGUAUACACCUCCAGAUCUAUCCCAAGUGACUAAACAAUGGAACACCAAGACUAUGAGUCCUUUAUUGAAGGAAGAGAUUAAGGAAUACUUGGUUUGGAAAAUGGAAGAUGAUUGGAAGACCAUGACUAAUGAUGAAACCAAGGCCGCUUAUUAUCUGUCAUUUGGGUCCUGGGGACCUAGAGGUAAAGGAGGAUCUGAAGGAAGUGACCCGAUUUUUAUACUAUUAAAGAGUACAUAUUCAUUGUUAAUAUUUGCUGGAUUAGGGGUUUCUCUUGUUAACUUCAAAAGAGACAAAAGUUUACUGAAGGAUUUGGAAACUUUAAAAUAG